CAAAGUUCUGUAUCUCACACUUGAAACAUUACAAAUCUCACCCUCAACUAUUAAAAAAAUCUCACAAUUUUUUUCACCUAAAAUAAUGUGCACUUUGCAGAGAAACGGCGACGUUUUCAUCCUCAUCAUCACCGGCGGCGGCGAACACCGCCUCAACCCGACCCUGAUCGACUCCAUCCGGGCCGCACUCGCCCGGGUCAAGUCCGACCCGGCCCGCUCCGCCGCCCUCAUCACCACCGGGGAGGGCGAAUUCUACUCCACCGGGUAUGACCUGGCAUGGGCCCGGUCCGACCCAGACCCGGCUCAGGCCUUGGCCCGGGCCCGGGUCAUGUCGGAGAAACUCCGCCUUUUGGUGAAGGAUCUCAUCUCCCUCCCCAUGCCCACAAUUGCGGCCGUGAACGGGUACGCGUCCGCGGCCGGGUUCAUCCUGGCCCUGAGCCACGACUACGUCCUGAUGCGGGAGGACGUAGGGCGGCUCUCGAUGGGCGAGCUGGAGAUUAAUUAUAGGCUCUCUAUGUGGUUUGUGAGGGUGCUGAGGAGCAAGAUUGGGUCCCCUCAGAUUCUGAGGGAUGUCGUGUUGCGGGCCGAGAAGAUCGAUGCCCGGAGAGGGGUCGAGUGGGGGAUCGUUGACUCGGCCCACGCCACUGCGGCCGCAACUGUUGCGGCCGCAGUGGACCUGGGGGCGGAUAUGGCGGCGAGGAGGUGGGACGGGAAGCUGUACGCGGCGAACCGGAGGACUGUGUUCGCUGAGGUGCUGGCGGCCAUGGCCUCCGACGAGACGGUGGGGGAGGACACUUCCGCGGAUAAGGGACACUCAAAGAUGUAACCGUGUUACGGACUUUAGUGCCUCUCAUAACUUAUUAUCUCUAGAUAGGUUCGUUUUUUGGGAUGAGUUUUUCUCUUUAGUCAUAUAAUAGAAUGUCGGCCUUUUAGGUCGACUAAUUGUAUCGUA